AUGGCUUUCGCAAGAUUCAUUGCCCAAAUAAUCAGGUUGAGAGCGCAUUUCCCUGAUUAUGCCAUAAAGAAAGUCAGGCUUGAUAAUGCUGGUGAAUUCACUUCAGCAGCCUUUAAUGACUUUUGUAUGUCUGUGGGAAUCGAUGUUGAACAUCCGGUUCCGCACGUUCAUACGCAAAAUGGCAUGGCUGAGUCAUUAAUAAAGCGGUUGCAGUUAAUUGCAAGACCGUUAAUCUUGAGAACAAAACUCCCAAUCACUGUAUGGGGACAUGCAAUAUUGCAUGCGGGAGCCUUGGUUCAAGUUCUUGUAGAACCUGAUAAAGAGGUUCGUCAAGAUGACGAACCAGAGACAGAAAAAUUUGAGAUUUCCAUCUCCUUCGCCCAAAGUGGAAAAAUAUGGGCUAGAAGUGAAAUAGAUGAUGAUGGAAUGUUCUCUUUUUCUGUAGCUAAAGAGAUCGAUCAUGAAAAUGAUGAUCCAGAUCCAACUUCCGUGUCAGAGUGCCAAAAGAGGCCGGACUGGGAGAAAUGGCAAAUGGCCAUGAAGAAUGAAAUAUUCUCUCUCAAUAAACGGACUGUAGUUCAAUGGUCAAUAGAUCGCUUGAUGUUAACAAGGAUCCAUUUCGACCUAUUGAAGAUUCUGAAAGAAAUGUUAGGUCCUGAAAUACAGCUCAUCGCCUACCAGAAGACAUUGGAACGUUAUCUUCAAGGUACGAUUGAGUUUGGAUUAUAUUAUUCAAGAAACCCCGAGGUUGGUUUAGUUGGUUUUGCAGAUGCUGGCUACUUGUCUGAUCCGCAUAAAGCUCGAUCGCAAACCGGUUAUUUUCACAUACGGUGGAACCGCGAUCUCAUGGCGUUCCCAAAAACAAACAUUGGUUGCAACGUCUUCAAAUUAUGCGGAAAUCAUUGCUUCAUGAAGCAUGCAGAGAGUGUGUGGUUGAGAUCUUUGAUCCAACAUAUACAAGAAGCCAGCGGAGUAUCUACAAAGAAAGAGCCAACAACCAUAUACGAAGACAAUUCUGCAUGUGUCACUCAACUCAAAGAAGGCUACAUCAAGAGCGACAGGACAAAACACAUCCCUCCAAGAUUUUUCUCUUACACUCAAGAACUUGAGAAGAAUCAAGAAGUGGAUAUUCAGUAUGUUCGCUCAAGUGACAAUGCAGCUGAUCUCUUCACAAAGGCGCUUCCUACUACAGUGUUCAAGAAGCAUGUUCAAGUAUUGGAAUGCGUCGUCUUCAAGAUUUGUGAAGAGAAGAUCAUAUCUAUUUUUCAGGGGGAGUUUGCAUCGCGGUACUCUUUUUCCUUUUCAUGGUUUUUAUCCCAUUGGGUUUUUCCAUGUUAA